GCUCCACCCUCCCCACUCCCUUCGCUCGCCGCCUCAAGCUUGAGCUUCCAAAGCCUACCGAAGCAUCAAACACUCCCCAACGUAUACCACAUCCGAGAAAGCCCAACCCAUCAAGCAUGUCGUGGUUUCUCGCAAAAACGGCGCUGCUGGCCGCCCUGCUCGUCCUGCAGUGCGCGCGCGGCGCCGACGACGACUACACGGCGUUCGUGUACGCCGGGUGCUCGCAGGCGCGGUACGCCCCGGGCACCGAGUACGCGGCAGACGUGGACACGGCGCUCUCCUCCCUCACCGACAGCGCGGGCUCCACCCCGUACGCCAAGUACACCUCCCCGUCCACCACCCAGCUGGCGGGGCUCUACCAGUGCCGCUCCGACCUUCCCGCCGCCGUCUGCGGCGUGUGCGCCAAGGCGGCCGUCACCAAGCUCUCCUCCCUCUGCAACUCGGCCGCGGGGGGCGCCGUGCAGCUGCGCGCAUGCUUCGUCCGCUACGGGAACGAUUCGUUCCUGGGGAAGCAGGACACCACGGUGCUCUUCAAGAAGUGCGGCGCCGAUGCCGAUGCCGGGGGCGUCGCGGCAUCGCUUGACACGGCUCUGGCCGCGCUCCAGUCCGGCUCGGGCUCGUUCAGGGCGGGCGCGGCGGGGAACGUGCAGGCCAUGGCGCAGUGCGUGGGGGACCUUGGUGACAAGGCCUGCUCCGAGUGCGUCGCCGCCGCGGCGUCGCAGCUCAAGGCCGGCUGCGGCAAGGCUUCGGCUGGGGAAGCGUACCUUGGCAAGUGCUACGCGCGCUUCUGGUCCGGCUCCAAUGCCGCGCCUGGCAACGACAACGGAGGUGGCGUUGGCAACGGCGUCUCGGGUGGAGAUGGAGGCGCCGGCGCCGGCGGGACCGUCGUCGGUGGCGGUGGCAAUGGCGUCGGUGUCGUCGGUGGCGCGGGACCGGGCAAUGGAUACCCGUAUGGCUUCGUGCCUCGUACCACGUACGGCGACGUCAGCGAUGGAUCCGGGAAGACUAUUGCAAUCAUCAUCGGCCUCGUGGCAGCAGUCGCCAUUUUGAUCAUCUUCCUAUCCUUCCUCAGAAGAGCUCGUAAUCUCGACGGCAAAAGCUAAGCUAAGGGUUGCGGCAGGGAUGGUCGCCACUCAGCUCAGAUCCGAUCCAUCGGUGGCUUUUGGCUUGGGCGUUGCUUUAGUGUCUCCUUUUUAUCUUUUAGGGUCUCUUUCAUCGUGUCGCCAUAGGGAGAAAAAACAAAGGGAAGCCAUGCUGCAAUGGCCUAAGCUGAAAGGUUGGCACUGUUCGUCUAUGUAGCGAGGAGCUGAAGAUCCCAGCACCCAGCUGCUACGCACUAUAAGAAAAAAAAUUAAGCUAAAACAGUAAACUAUAUAUUUGUGCAAGUGACCAAUAUAUAUGUAUGUAUGAUUCAUGUACUCCGAGAGGUUUUUGUUAUCUUAUCUGAUAGCGAUGGUUGGUGAUAUGGACUCAUGUAAAAUGUUGUUAAUUUGCAUGAGGUAAUUCACCACUUGUGUACUGCCGUGCGUGGCAUAUAGAUAUAUGUUGGUGAGUAAUGCGGUUGGGGAGCUGAAUGAUUUCGAUCAGCUUUUGUGAGAGCGAGAAGGGUUGUCAUCAUUAGGUGUUAUGAAAAUUGAUCAAAUGCA